AUCCCUAUAACUUUAGGAGUAAUCCUAAAUUCUUACUACGACGUGAAGUUCAAUUUCCUUGGAAUGGUGUUUGCUGCUCUCGGUGUAUUAGUUACGUCCCUCUAUCAAGUGUGGGUAGGUGCCAAGCAGCAUGAGCUGCAAGUAAACUCAAUGCAGUUGCUGUACUACCAGGCUCCAAUGUCGUCUGCCAUGCUGCUGGUCGUUGUGCCCUUCUUUGAGCCAGUCUUUGGAGAGGGAGGAAUAUUUGGUCCCUGGUCAGUUUCUGCUGUGCUUACGGUGCUGCUGUCUGGAAUAAUUGCUUUCAUGGUGAACUUAUCAAUUUACUGGAUCAUUGGGAACACUUCACCGGUCACCUACAACAUGUUUGGACACUUCAAGUUCUGCAUCACCUUGUGCGGAGGGUACGUGCUGUUCCAGGACCCGCUGUCCGUGAACCAAGGCCUGGGCAUCGCGUGCACGCUCUUCGGCAUUCUCGCCUACACGCACUGCAAACUCCGCGAACAGGAGGGAAACAAGAGCCGGCUUGCGCAGCGACCGUGAGUUCUUGUGGAGAGAAGAAAGCGGCCCGAAGGAAAAGCGUUGCCUUCAAUGGUGAAAAAAGUUGUCGCUCAGAAUGUUUCGAGUGGUUUAUAAGAAGUAACACAAAUAUUACUCACAAAUACCACUUCUUCUUAAUGGUGACAAAGUUUACUUGAAGAAGUGAAGGUGAAGAGUGAGGCAGAAACUGGCCCUGCAGCGUGGGCGUGGGCGAGUAACGGAGGACGCAAGGAGAAGGUGCGCCCCGGAGGGCUCAGGGCGGGCGUGGUGAGGUCGUGACAGCCACACGUGACAGCCACACGCGCAACUUCGCUACUGCCUUUCUUUUUUGGAGACGGGGUCUCACUGUGCAGUUCAGGCUGGCCUUGAGCUCACUUUGUAGCCCGGGCUGGUCUC